GACCGGCAUUGUGCUAUUGGCGCGUCGAUUGCGCGACAUCAAAUUCGUGGAUGGAGAGCCAAUGCAACCGGUUUUGGAUGAGAUGCGGGAUAUCUUCUCCAAAUUGCAAGCGGGAGGAUUGGUCUACCCUGAGCUCGUGCAGUGUGUGGAGAUUGUCAUCAGAUUGCCGGAGUCUUGGUCUGCUCUUGCUAUCAACCUCAACUCUCAGCAAUCCCAGUGGAACUUGGAACUUGGCUACUGUGGGAAAGAGACCUACAUGGAGCAGCCAGAGGGGUACAAUGAUGGGAGUGGCAGAGUGUGGAAGCUGAAGAAAGCACUCUAUGGCCUCAAGCAAGCCCCUAGGCAAUGGUACAUCAAGCUACGGGAAGGUGCUAUUGCAUUGGCUAAGAACCCGGUUCUUCAUGGCCUUACCAAGCACAUGAAGGUGAAGUGACAUUGGGUGAGGAGGAUGGUAACCUCGGGUGAAGUGGAGUUGCACUAUGUGAAGACGACGGCGCAGCCAGCUGAUAUGAUGACCAAGAGGCUGGUUGAGCAGCAGCAUUGGAAGUGUUGCAAGCUUGCUGGGAUGGCUCUGAACUAAGGGGAGCAGAUUCUAAGGCCAACAA